AUGUCUUUCGGAAAGCUCUAUGGUACUGCUGAAAACGCUCGCACCAAUGCGUGUCGUCUAGUCGCUCAUGCCAAUGACCUUGACCUUGAGCUUGUCAAUACUCCUCCUGGUUCUACCGAUCCAGAAUACUUACAGAUCAACCCACUGGGCAAGGUCCCGGCCUUUGUUGCUGCUAAUGGCUUCACUUUGACCGAGUGUAUCUCCAUUGCCGUCUACUUUGCUUCGCAAAAUAACAACACCACCCUCCUUGGAAAAACAAAGCAAGACUAUGCUUCAAUUCUCCGCUGGAUGUCAUUUACCAACCAAGAAGUUGGCGGCCCCCUUGGUGACUGGUUCCGUCCGCUUGCUGGAUUGGCCCCCUAUAACAAAAAGUCCGUUGAGGACAACUCUAAACGUGCUCUCAAAGCCCUGGAUAUCCUAGAGAAGCACUUGACUAGUUCCACUUUUCUUGUUGGCGAGCGGGUCACUCUAGCUGAUCUUUUCUGUGCUUCCCUCUUAUGCCGAGGAUUCCAGUUUGUCCUUGACCGGAACUUUCGUCUUGCCAAUCCUGCCACUGCCCGAUGGUUUGAGACUAUAAUCAACCAACCUGUUUUCAAGGCCGUUGUUCCAAGCCCUGUUCUCAUUGAGGAGGGAUUGAAGAACGUCGCACCGAAGAAGGAGGAAAAGGCCGCCCCCGCCAAAAAAGAAACCCCCAAGGAACCCGAGGAGGAAGAAAAGCCAGCUCCAAAAGCCAAGCAUCCGCUUGAGGCUCUCCCAAAGCCAUCCAUGAUUCUUGAUGACUGGAAACGCAAAUAUUCCAACGAGGAAACCCGUGAAGUCGCCAUGCCAUGGUUCUGGGAAAACUACAACUCCGAGGAUUACUCCCUUUGGAAGGUUGACUAUAAAUACAACAGUGAACUCACUUUGACCUUCAUGUCCAACAACCUGAUUGGUGGUUUCUUCGCUCGCCUCGAAGCUUCUCGCAAGUACCUAUUUGGUGCAUGCUCCGUUUAUGGUGAGAGCAACAACUCCAUUAUUCAGGGAGCUUUCCUCGUUCGCGGACAGGAGGCCAUUCCAGCUUUCGAUGUUGCUCCGGAUUGGGAGAGCUAUAGCUUCUCUAAAUUGGAUAGCGGUAAGGCUGAGGACAAGCAGUUCGUCGAGGACCAGUGGGCUCAGGACAAGUCUAUCGUUGCCGAUGGUAAAACCUACGAAUGGGCUGAAGGUAAAGUUUUUAAGUAA